AUGGUAUGGUUAUCACAAGAUGCUAAGCUUGAUGAAGUUCGUAAAGAGCUUAUGAAAUCUGAACGUAGUGAUCACCAAAUGGGAUCAAAUUGUCGUUUCUUAUAUUAUUCACGAAAAAAAGCAGAGAUUGAACCAGAUGAUGAAUCUAAAUAUGAUCUUUUAGAAAUUGUCGAAUCAGCUGAUAAUGAGUAUACUUUAUAUAUUAUCCAAGAUAAAAAUAAAUGGAGAAAAUCUCUUGGCGACGGGGCUACCUGGAAAAUAAUUGGAUAUGAUGAAAUUUACUCAUUAUUCGAAUUAUUAAGUGAAUCUUUGCAAAGAAAGGUUUUGGGCGUUUUAGGUCACAAAAUUUUAAAAGCAAAAAUCGAAGAAAUAGAAUUUAAUUUAGAACCUAAAAAAGCAUAUAUUUAUCAAUUGUCUCCGCACAUAAAAGAAAUCAAAAACAUAGGCGAAUGCAAUAUCCUAGCAUCUAUUGCAAGCGAAAAUGGCAAUGUAUUUUCGUUGUAUGUUGAUCAUAUGAAUAACGAUCAAGACCGUCCAGUAAUUGUUAUUAAUCACAUACAAGGAAAUGAGUCCAAACUUGCUAAGGCGUUUAGUACUUUAAUGCUUAAGAAGGCAGUUAAAAUUAAACUUUGUUGGAUUAUCAUCGGUUCACUAACAAGCUUCAAUUUUAACACCCAAUACCCACUAACACUCAAGAGUGGAAAGUAUACAGCUACUGGCCAUAAAACAGACAAAUGUGGCAAGUUUGGUACUUGUGUAUUAGAACCAACUUCGAAUAAAAAAUCAGAUUCUAUAAACAAUACUAACACAGGAAAGUCUACAAAUCCUACACAUCAUAACAUAUAUUACAAUCCCAAAGAUUCAACAUACGCCAUUGGCAAUUAUUUUUCUAGUUUACAGGAGUCAGCAUACUUGUUUAUUUAUGAUAUUACAAAUAGAAAAAAAGUAACAGAUGAAUCAGUUCUACAAAGAUUAGCAUUAUACAAUUGGCAA